ACGACCUCUUCUCAUAUAAGAACCACUGUGAGACAUGACGCUCUUCUCUCCCACAGUCUGCAAUGAACACGCUCUUUCGGCGCACUCUUUCUCGACAUGCUCUGUCUCGGCCCUCGGUCUCGCCUUUCGUAUUUUUGAAGUCCCGGACUGUCGCUAGCACCGUGUCCAACCGCCCUGCAAGUCAAACAUUCGAGCACACGGCUACCAAUAUAAAGGAAGAAGCCGGCAACGCUGCCUCGGAUGUUGCCAAGAUCAUCGCCGGUGCUAAUGUCACUCGAGAGGAUUUCGCUAAGACUAAUAAUUCCACUUUUUUUGGGAUUACCGGUGCUAUCGCGUCUUCUGUGCCUAAGCCUGCGAUGGUGUUUGGGCUAGCUGGCACACUUCCAUAUGUCGGCGCCUCUGCUACGACCGUUUAUCUAGCUCAACAAGCGGGGCAUGCAGCUAGCGGUUUGGCGACAAAGAUAGAUCCUGGAGUCGCUCUCACUGUCCUGGAUCAAGCCUUAAAUGUGCAAAUGACUUACGGAGCGGUAAUGCUCUCAUUCCUUGGUGCCAUCCAUUGGGGUAUGGAGUUCGCAGGUUACGGAGGGCAAAAGGGAUAUUCUCGCCUGAUGUUAGGUACGGCACCCUUGCUGGUUGCCUGGCCAAGUCUUGCGCUUGAUCCCAUGGCAGCCUUGACGGUUCAAUGGGUUGGCUUCACCGCCCUCUGGUGGGCCGACGCCAAGGCCACGAGCAAUGGGUGGACUCCAGCUUGGUAUUCCCAGUAUCGUUUCUACCUGUCCGUGCUCGUUGGUACAUGCAUCAUUGGUUCCCUUGCUGGAACUUCGUAUUACGGCCCUGUUGCCGGUCAUGGAUUCUUGUCCCAUGACCUCGAACUCACUCGUGAAUUGAGGAGAGAACUCAGCCCUGAAACCAAACACAAAGUCCCUGGCGUAAUCGAGGCAGUUCCCGCGACUUCAGGUCAACCGGGUUUUGUAACCAUCAAGAAGAAAGACGCGCAUCCUGAGGAAAAGGAGAAUUGAAGAGUGUGUAUAUCAUGGGACUGGAACUUGAGCAAAUUGGUUGUACUACUAGUAGAAGUCAAAUCGCCGAAUGUAUUUUUGUAGCAGAAUGUCGACAGUAUACCUUAUGGCGCUGUUGCUAUUU